ACUUCCGGUGCCCGCCCAGAUCCUCGGGCGUUGCGCUUCCUGCCGUCGUCGUCGUCGUCGUCGUCGUCGUCAAGUCGUCGUCGCCUGUGGGGCGUUCGUUCGGCUGCUAAGCGGUCUCGACGUUCGUCGGGAUCGUUUUUGCGGUCGUCGGCGCUUUAUCUCUCUGGAUUUGGGUAUCGGAGUGCUUUGACUGAAGAACCUUUGAUCUCUGGCAUCCAGGAAGCUGUUUAUGAAAGCCAAGCUACUCUAGAGCACAAGAUGAGCAAGAACAAAGAGGAUCCUCCCCAUGAGCUGGAGAGUCAAUUUAUAUUGCGACUACCUCCGGAGUAUGCUUCUACUGUGAGAAGGGCAGUACAAUCUGGAAGUGUCAACCUGAAAGACAAAUUAUCCAUUGAAUUGCAUCCUGACGGACGUCAUGGAAUUGUGCGUGUGGAUCGUGUCCCAUUAGCCUCUAAGCUGGUUGAUCUGCCCUGUGUUAUUGGAAGCUUAAAAACUAUCGAUAAGAAAACAUUUUACAAGACUGCAGAUAUUUGCCAGAUGCUUGUGAGUACUGUGGAUGGUGAUCUUUAUCCACCUCUGGAAGAACCAGUUGCCAGUAGUGAUCCAAAAGUAAAUAAGAAAAAAGAUAAGGAUAGAGAGAAGAAAUUCAUCUGGAACCAUGGCAUCACUCUGCCACUGAAAAAUGUCAGAAAGAGACGAUUCCGGAAAACAGCCAAGAAGAAGGCCCAGUAUAUUGAAUCUCCAGAUGUGGAAAAAGAAGUCAAGAGACUGCUGAGUACAGAUGCUGAAGCUGUCAGUACUCGUUGGGAGGUCAUUGCUGAAGACGAAACUAAGGACAACGAUAACCAUGGCUCCCUGGCCAGCCUGGACAUCUCUCCAGGAAUGAGCGGCCAUAAACAGGGCCAUAACUCAUCAGCUGAGCAUGAUGAACUUCGAGAGAUAUUCAAUGAUAUCAGCAGCAGCAGUGAUGAUGAUGAUGACCAAGAUCACCAUGAUGAUGAAGAUUUAAACAUCAUUGACACCGAGGAAGAUCUGGACAGACCCUCACAAAGCACACUUGAUGAAUCUGAUGAACAGCGCCAAGAAGAUGAGAAAACAAAUGAUCUUGUUCAAGGACUCCAGAAACAGAUUGAUGAGAUGAAGGACAAGCACCAGGAGACUCAGGAUAGAGCAAAACGCCAAGAGGACCUCAUCUUCAAAGUGGAAAAUCUGGCCCUCAAGUCCCGUCUUCAGGCUGUGUUGGAUGAGCUCAAACAGCAGGAAGAAGAAGAAAAGCAGCAGCUCAGCUCCUUGCAGGAACAGCUGGACUUGCUCCUGGAGAAAUAAGGGCGACUUGGCUGCUAGUUCUUUGUAAUCUUCACACUGGCAAGCACCAUGCAUGCAAACUUUGGAUGCAUCCUCUGGGCUGAGGAUAAACCUGAAGGUGGAAAUGUGAUUGCAUUCACAGCUCGCUGUUUCUGUUGCCUGUUGAGUUUAUCUUGUUUCUGUCUUUGUAUAACCCUUUUCCUUUCCUAGAAACAUCUGUACUUAUAAGUAGAAAAUGCUGAGGCCAGGGGCUAGGGGUCAGCUUGCAGUGCAGUCCUAUGAUUAGCGGGCUGGCCCUGUUAGCCUGGUCACUGAGACCCACCUCUGUCACUGGCUUUGGCCUGUUACUUUUAGAACAACUCUGCUUUCUGUUGCUCUGUGGGAUCAUUGGAGGACUCAGUUAUAUAGUCCAAAGAGAUCUGAGCCUGGAGGCUCUGCGGAUGUUCCGCAUCCAUUUUAAACCUCUCCUACACAAAAGAGGGCAAGUCUGGUAUGUUGUGCUAGGUGUCAGCUCAGGAAAGAGUGGAGCUGGAUCUGUAGCAAUUUAUGCCUGCUGCCACCACCUAAUGGAAAAUCUAUAGUUUGAUAUCAUCGAGGCACAUGAAAAACAACGAGUAUAUCUUGGCUUCUGUGUAUCAGAAGGCCAAGAAGGAGCUGUCAUCCUCCUUUUGAACCCACAGAACAAAGCCUCCUCCAUCGGAGGACAAUUGUGACUCUGUGAUUCCCUUCCCAUCCGGGUUUGUUUUAAUACCGUAUCUUUUGUGCUUUGUUGAAAAUUUCUCGGUUAGUGCUUUUUCAAAUGGUUUUGGAAAUCUUAGGCCAAAAAACAGAUCCUCAUCCUUUAGAAAGGGCUCUCCAAAGAAGAGAAAGCAUAUUUCCUAAUGGAAGUUUUUAAAACACAAAAACAGCAGACCUUCCAAUUAGAUUGGAACCUCAGUAGAAAAAGAAAAGAGCUCUUUUGAUUAAUUCCUUACAGACUAGGCAUUUCUCAAUCGGACAAGAUCGGGGAUUUGUUGAGCAGGGGAAGGGGAGCAGAUAGAAAAGGGAUUUUAAAAAGCACUUCCAGUUCUGCUGCUAACCCAUCUUGAGAGGGAUUGAGCCUGAAUUUUAAAUAAGCCUCAGAAAAAGAGAAUGAGAGAGAGGAGAAGUUGUGUUUUUCAGGCUUCCCUAUGUAUAGGGCGGUAGGGAAGCUGGUCCUCGGACCCUGGGCAUGCAGACCAGAAGCUUUUGUAGCUUGGCACGGGACCUGCCAGCACAGCUGUCGGGGACCCGGGAACUUCUCUAUCCCACAUUGUGGCGUUGGAGAACAGGCUUCAUGGAGCUUCCCGGAUGCGUGAAAUACUGCUGCUUGCCAUGGGAGGAAGCAGAUUUUACACAGAGGCCAUCCAUCAUUCUUGUCAAACAGGCUCACCUCCCCGAGGAUGGUUCCUCAUUUGCUCUGCAGCCACACUGUGCACCAGGCCCCCAGCCCUCCUUGUUAGUACAGCUCUAUAUUUGUCACAGGCCUUGCCUUGUCUUGGCCAGAAGCAGAAAUCCCAUAAAGAUUAAGAAGGGGAAGAGUUGAUCUGUACAUAAGUGGUACAUGUGUUGUCCCGUGUGUUUCUUUGUAAUUUUAGAUUAUAUACUUCUUGUAAGCAAGGUUAGAUAUCUUUUUAGCUCCCACACAGAGCCCAGUAUUAUAGAGUCAAGGUGCCAAUAAGAGACAAGGCCUGAAAACUCAUGAGCUGCAUUUGCUUUCUGAAGGUCAUGGAGAGCUCCCCAGUGAAGAAUAGUCUCCAGUUUUCUGUAGUGAAGGAAUUUCUAUGCAGUACAGAGCUAGGUAGCUUAGCCUUUUGUUCUUUAAAAUAGAACUUGAAUGCUUUGGGACCUGUUUCAAAUGUAAGACAUGACCUGUCGCUUAUUUUUGGUUACUGAGAAUUGCCAUCUCUUCAAAGCCAGGAAAAAUCUGGAAGUCCUGACUAAAUUCUUCUUCCUUGCUUUUUUGGGGGGUAUGGCCACUCUGGGAUCCUCUUUAGAGAGCUAAAAAUUUCCCUGUGGUGAUCAGAGAGUAGAAGCUCCAGGGUCUGGCACCUCUGCUACCUCUCGUGAUGUCUCUUUCAAUCUGUGUGCCCUCACAGCAGGUUCAGAGCAAAUACUUCCUGAUGCCAACUGCUGGGGAUACCGAAACUCAGGCAUCUUUUUUAGAGAGAUCGCCAUAGGGAACCUCCUUAAGGUCAAAGUGUGCUGUGACCCAGUCACUGCCUUACCAGCUUAGUGCAUGCCGUGCCCUCUCAGGGUUGAAUUAUGGUUGGACCUAGUUUUCUUUGAGGGAAGAGCUGAAAUCACUGUCUGCGAGAUCUAAAACCCUUUCUUCAGGUGAUGCCUUUACUGGCAGAACUGAACCCAAAGCUAUUCCACUGAGAAGUGCUCACCCAAGGAUACUCCCAAACAGCUUUCAAAAGAAGAAUCGCAAAUCAGCAACAACUGUCUCAAUCAAAAUCAUUAACGAUACAUAUAUCAAAGUGGCAAAGAUGUUCAAAGAAGGAAAUAGUUGAUUUUGGAAGGGCUCCUAGAAGCCAAAUUCAUUCCACUCUUGGUGAGGGUGUAGACUGGUUCAGCCAUCCAGAAAACAGUUUUGUGUGAAAAAUGCUCUUGCCUAACAGUUCCACCAUUGGGCAGGUUACCCCAAGGAAGUCAGUAACAGAUCUCCAAAUAUACCAAAAUAUUCAGUAGCAGGGGCAGCUAGGUGGCACAGUGGAUAGAGCACCAGCCCUGAAGUCAGGAGGACCUGAGUUCAAAUCUGGCCUCAGACACUUAACACUUCCUAGCUGUGUGACCCUGGGCAAGUCACUUAACCCCCAUUGCCUCAGGGGAAAAAAAGAGAACUUGUAGUAACAGAAAAGCAGUUCAGAAGCUGUGCCAAGUAGGCACCCAGAGAUUAGGGAGCAACCCGGCAACUGGUAUAGGGGCAGAAUGCUAUUGCUGAGCAAUUUACAGAAUGUGGCAAAACUCGUGAACAGAACAACAAUAAUAAUCCAAUGAAAGAAAACCCCAAACUCUAAAAACUGACUGAAUUCUGAUGAAUUAGAGACCAUAAGCUUGUUCCCCAAGCACAGAUUUUGAAACAUCAUUAUCCUUAAAGAACCUGAAGACUACUGCUGUGCCACUGCUGUAGACACUCAGAUGUGGCGGUUAUGUCGGGCUUGCAGAAUUGUUCCUUUGUGUCGGGGUUGGGGAUGGGGAGGGGGGAAAAGAGGGGUAUCUUGUGAAGUGACUUGUGUAAAAACAAAAGGCACCAAUAAAGCAUAAAGGAAAAACUAAAGCCAAAGCUUUGCUUUCUCUUUUCUCUUCCAGCAGCCAUCUUAGCUGUGCUUCAGGUCUCUGUCAGCUUUAGAGAAAGACAGGACAUUCGUUUUAUAGGCCUUGAAAUGGCUCACUUCUUUCUGUGAGAAUAAGUGCUAGCUACUGAAAUGGAAAUCAGAAAAGUGGAAUUUCUUUAAGACAUACACAGGUAACAAAAACAAGCUGUUUACCUGCACUUGAUGUUGUGUUAGAUUCUCUAGGCUAAUGAAACCUUGAAGAUUUGCCAGUCAACGGGACAAGGAGACUAAACAGAGCAUCACAGAUAUGCUGUAUUGAGAAUUGAGAAGCAGUAGGUCGCCUCUGCCUAGUGGGACUCUCAUCAACAAAAGAUGCAGAACCUUAGGGAGCAAAAAGCAUUAGGGGGCUAAGAACUCAACUGGUCUGUUGGAAACUCAGCAAUAAAAGUGCUGGAAGGCUUAUACUGAGAAGGACUACGAAAAUCAGAGAAGUGUUUGUGUUUUAUGGCUUUGUCUCAUUCCUCGGUCUCUGGGGAUGCGGCUAAGGAGCUGGCACUGAGUACCUUCGGUCCAAGGAUCAGUUGCCAUCUGCCAUUGUUUGCUGCCCCCUGAGUCUGAACUGGAUAAGAACCAACUCGGUCUGUUCUUGUCCUUAGAGACAACUCUCUGCCUUGAUUUCUUCAUUUUUAAAAAUGGGGGUGAUGAUAGCACCUACCUCACGGACUUGUGAGGAUCAGAUGAGAUCAUUGUACAGUGUUUGGCACGGUGCCUGGCACCCAGGAAACGCUGUAUAAGACCCUCCAUAACUAGGUCCAUCCCAUGACUCUCUUCAUAGACUCCUAUCUCUUUCAGCCUUCACUUCUUAUAAAGCUUAGCUUCCAUGUUGUGUUCCUAAUUGUGUCGGAUCAUUAGAAAUGCUUACCAACUUGUUUUUCUUAAGAAAAGUUUCUUAGUGACAGCUUUUCUAUAACAGGUCCAUCGUAGCCAGGAUUUGCAUUCCCUGGGAUUUGGCACUUGGAUCUCAAGCUUCAGAAAGAGGUCAAGCAUGGGAUGUGAAAUAAUGGUCCAAUGAGAUAUUGUAUAUGAAGGACUUCAGGUAAUUCAAAGCAAGACAGUUCAGCAAAGGGCCUCAUUUGGAGUCUUCACGAGCCCUACUUCAGUCCUUACUUUGCCACUUAUUAUCUUGGUCAAGUCAUUUAAUCUCCCUGGGCCUUGGUUUCCUUAUCUUCUAAAUGAAGGGAUCAAACUAGGUGAUCUUAAAAUUCCUUCCACUUCGAAGUCUAUGAUCUGUGAUCUUUAGGAAGUCCAAGACAGUAAAAUACCUUUGAAGUAGGGGGAACUCAAGACCAUCUAAAAUCCCAAGGCUCAGGACACUAGAAGCAAUAGAGGCAACUCUCCUUUUUGAAAUCCUGGGCGGUUUUACCCACAGCUCUGAACCUCAGAGGUACUAGAGAACCUUUGUCUGCAGGCAUUCAACAUUGCCAUUAAGUGUUAUGUGGGAUUUAUCUUCCAGUAACUUAGAAUAAUGAAGUCUUGGGGCCAAGACCCACCGGGAGUUAAUUCUAGCCUCAGAGGCCUAAAUGCUCUGUUUUUUGACCCAGAUGACUACGUUUAGAAGCUGAGGCCUGCAGUCCUAAAUCCUCCAUUGUAUUUGGUGUGAUCAGCUAAGGAAGCUGCCGUUGCUGACCCCAAACUGAUGCCCUGGUCAGCCAUCACAAGACUCUGGAGGUUGGAUGCUUCAUUUAGCUGGUUCUGUGUCAAACUCCCACGUGUUCUUGUAUUUCCACAGUUCAAAGUUGCUGUCCAUUGUCAUGAAAAUUUCAUCUCCUAGCUCCAUCUCCCCAUGUUCUCGGCCUUAUCAGACUUAGCCCUAGCCCUCUACUGCCCUAUACCCUCCUUGGUGUUAUUCCAUUGUACCUUCUGGAGCCCCCUUUUUUGUAAAAGGAAACCUGCUUCAUUCUCCAUCUCUCCAUCUCACACUCUUUCCAUUUUCUGCUGCAGAUGGAAAUGUGGCUCUUCUGGAAGUGUUUUUUUCUUGUUACACCAUUCUACUCUCUUACCUACACCUCUUACACUCUCUCACAAAGACCAGGAGGAGGAGCAGGAAGCAGCAUAUUCCUUGCUCCACAUCACUGUUCCCACACUCCCUUUUCCCACUGUUAUUCAGGAACUCUCUCCAUGAUGUUUUAUUCUAUUCUCUUAUCUGAUCUAGGUCCUUAAUGUGGUGUUCUGUAGACCUCUGGGACAUUCUCCCUCUCCUGAGGAAGUCUCUCUCCCUCCCUAUCCUUCCUCUUAUACUUGUGGUCAUCAUCACAGAAACCUUGGUUUCUCAGUUCAAGGGUUUCCUCAAGUCUCAUAUCCUCCUUUAAAUCACUUCCAAGGAUGGUCAGAUCAUAGAUGUCCCAAUCUUCCAUUCCUUGUGAAAGUAAUUAUACCCUUCCUACUCUGCUUCCUGUUUCUGUUAGCAUAGUCUUAACCAAUUUAACGAUACACCGCCACCUAGCCUUUCCCUCUUAUUCUUUGGUGGCUCGUGUUUUACCAGCAACCACCUCAUGGUCUCCCCCCUGAGAUCCCCUCAUCGCCAUCCUCUGUUCCUGUUGACAGAAUCCUGAACUCUACUCAGGAAAACCACACGCAGUUGAUUUACUUAUUUGUGGGUAGGAUUGGGGAGAUUUUUUUUUUUUGGAGGACAGGAAGUCACUAGGAGGUAACCAUGAUGCGAAGAAAAAAUUGCUGCGUAGCUCCACAAAUUCUUCCAUAAUUAACUCUGUCACGGUGCCCACAAUGGCUUCUCAACUCUCCUCCAGUUCCCUUAUGCCACAGCUGUCUCAGCAGAGCAUCUCACAUGAAAAUAAAUGCCUCCCAUAACAUUGUUCAUUUCUAUUCUAUACCUCACAUUCUCUCUAACUCAGCUCUCUAUGUCUGCUUUUCUUCUGUUUCUGAGGAUGAAUGUCCUUUUCUUUAUUCUGAUCCCAUCGCCUUCCCAGAACUCUUGUUCUCUUCUGCCUCUUCCCUUCAUCCUCUCCUCAUCCAUUGGCUCCUUUCCCACUGCCUAUGAGAUUUCCAGCCAUAAAAAAACUUUUCAUUCACCCCUGGCAUCUCCACAACCUGCCAUCCAAUAUCUUUCCUCCUUUUCACAACAUUUGUCCAGAAGAAGUCACCUAAAACUUCUUGUCUUUGGGGUUUUUUGCCUGUCACUUUCACUUUGCCCUUUGUAUCCUGGUGUCUGGCUGUAUCCUCCGCCCCAAAACUACUUUCACCGAGGUUUCAGUGAUCACAUAGCUACCAAAUCCAUCAACCUUCUCUCAUUCUUCAUUCUACUUGACCAAGAUUCUCUCCAGAUUUGCUUUUGGCCAACUACCCCUUCCACCUGGAUUCUCUUUUUCUCCUGUGCCUUCUGUGGCACUACUCAAAAACCGUGUCCCCUUUCUGUCUUGUCUUCUAUCCACUUAGCAUAAUGUCUCUGAGGACCCAUGUUCUCUCUGUACUGUCAUUCCCCUUAGUGGCCUCAUCGGCCCUAUGGGUUCGGUUCCAUUACUGUGGCCCCGAAGACGGCCCCCAAAUCCAUCUCUCCAUCCCCGGCCUUGAUGCAGAAAAGCGGUCCCACAGCACCAGUUCCCUGCUGGUGAUCUCCAACUGAAUGGCUCGUUAUAUAAUUCAAACUCGGCAUGGCCAAAAUGCAAUUCAUUAAUUUCUCCCCUAAUUCUGCCCCCCCCUUUUUUUUAACCAUUCUUGUCACCCAGAUUCACAGCGUGUUUGUCAUCCUUGACUGCCCUUUCCACUUUUCAUUUGCAGUCACAUUUCAUGUCUUACCAGGUUUUCCACAGCAUCUCUCAUCAGUUCUGUUUGUUUAUAGUCAACAAAUAGAAGGAAUUAUUAGGGACCUGUGAGGUAAGUUACACUUGAAUAUAUUCAAAUUAAACAUUUCUUUACGAAGGAAAGCUGUAAGAAGAAAAGGGAAAGAUGUUGGAAGAAAUAUUUGUGAUGGUUAUAAGUGAUAAAAACUUGACAUCCAGGUAUAGAGGGAACUAUUAAAAAUUCAUAAAAGUAGUUAUCCAAUCUACAGUAGAUAAAUUGCCAAAGGAUAUGAAUAGAUGCUUUUCAAAAGAAGAAAGGUAUAGUGUUAAGAAUUAUUGAAGAAAAAGUCAUCCUUUCAAUUCAAAGCAAUACAAAUUAAAACGACUCUGAGGAUACCACUGCAUACCCAUCAGAUGAGGUAAUAGGUAUAAAGCUUUUUGAAAGUCCCAAAAUGCCCUAUGAAGACUAGCUAUUGACAAAAAUAACAUUAAACAACAAAAACCCAUAAGAGCAAGUGGACCUAAUUUUUUUUUUAAUGCUGAUUACAAAUAUAGUUUCAAGUUUUGUCUGUUAGCCAUUAUUGUCACAGGAAUUAAUUUUAUAUUUAAAAUUUUUUUCCCCAACAAAAUUGUGGUUUUUCAGCUCACUUAAAAUGUAGCUACUUGAAUAUUCACUCAUAUUCACUUUCAGAAGUAGGCAGCCAGUGUGCUUGGUCUCCACCUGCUUUUCCUUUCUAGAGAUUUCUAGAUGGAAGCAUUGCUCAUGUUCCUCACCGACAGUGCUUAGUUUUCUAGGAAAGGUUCCAGAUGUUAAGUUUUAAAAAUGGAUCUUGAGUAAUAUGUUAUAGCUCCUGAAUUUAUACUUUAUAGGCUUUGAGAAGAUCGUUGACUUUUUGGGAGGUGAUUUUCUACCUUGUAGUUUCUCCCAAAAGUAUUUGGUCAUUAGUUAUCACCAUUCAGCCCCUCCAACUUAAUUUAACUUUUUCCGAAUGGUCAUCUUCCACCAUUUCCCUUAUUUGAGAACCUAAAAAUAUCCCUUCUUUGAUUUCAGGUUCAUUGAUUUUUUUUUUAUUAUAGCUUUUUAUUUACAACACAUAUGCAUGGGUAAUUUUUCAGCAUUGACAAUUG